AUGGCGCCAAUUUUCUACUUUCUCUUCUCACUAAUCCUUUCCAACUCCGCUUUUGCAGCAAAUACGGGAAUACCUUUGUUGCCCGAAAACCAUAAGGAACAUUGUUCGGACCCAAACCUCUGCCCGCCUCCGCCACCUCAUCAUAAAAAAAAACAUUGCAAAGAUUCGCCUCCGCCUCCGGAUGGUUCCGGAGUUAUCUAUCCGCCGCCGCCCGGCAUCUGCCCACCCGGUGUUUUAUGCCCCGGAGGAAUCUGCCCGCCUGGCGCUAUAUGCGGUUUGCCGCCACCUCGUCGCCCGACCUCGACUGCAUCACCUUCUAUGACUUUCGUAUCGUCUUACACCCAUGUUAUGUUUCAACAAUGUGUUACGCUUAAGACGACUGGAUUAUACUAUACUCAUGCAAACGGCGCGCGGGCCGAUUGCAGAAAAUUUCGUUUCAGAACAUUUUAG